GCUCCACGCCAUCGCCUUCUUCUUCUUCUUCUUCUUCUCGCGCCCCAAUCAAUCCUCCCUCUCCCCUCCCACCACCACGGCGAGCCCACCAGCGAUGGCGCUCGCCUCCUCCUCCCCCUCCUCCCGCAUCCUCCCCCGCCUCUCCUCUCCGCCCGCUUCCCCGUCCGCCUCCCUCUCCCCUCUGCCGCCGCGCGCCACGCGACGGCCACGCCGGUACAGCCGCUUCGCCGUGCGAUGGGAGGGCCGGCUCGUGGCGCCGAGGGCUCUUCUGGGAGGGUUCGAGGACGCCGAUGCCGCCGAGAGUGACGACGAGGAGGACGCCGACGCCGUUCUGCGGCCGCUCGAGGGGGAGGACGUCGGCCUCGGCCUCGACCUCCACGCGCCUCCCUCCGGGCCCGAGCGAUGGGACGUCCUCGGCCUCGGCCAGGCCAUGGUUGAUUUCUCAGGCAUGGUGGAUGACGAGUUCCUUGAGAGAUUGGGCAUAGAAAAAGGUACUAGAAAGGUUGUCAACCAUGAGGAAAGAGGGCGUGUCUUGCGUGCCAUGGAUGGUUGUAGCUACAAGGCUGCUGCUGGAGGCUCAUUGUCCAACUCUCUUGUUGCGCUAUCAAGGCUUGGUAGUAGCCGGUCCACUAGCUACCCCAAACUCAGAAUUGCGAUGGCUGGCAGUGUGGGCAGCGAUCCACUUGGUAGUUUCUAUAGGGGAAAAUUGAACCGUGCUAAUGUGCAUUUCUUGUCUAAGCCGGUCGAAGAUGGGACAACUGGAACGGUGAUUGUUCUAACAACUCCAGAUGCACAGCGAACUAUGCUUGCAUACCAGGGAACAUCUUCAACUUUGAGUUAUGAUUCAGAUUUGGCCAGUCUAGUAUCCAAGUCAAAUAUACUAAUUGUGGAAGGUUACCUAUUCGAGCUACCUCACACGAUCGAAGCCAUCAAGCAAGCAUGUGAAGAUGCUCAUAAGAAUGGCUCACUUAUUGCAGUUACAGCAUCGGAUGUGUCAUGCAUCAAGCGUUGCUACAAUGAUUUUUGGGAUAUUGUAGCAAACUAUGCGGACAUAUUGUUCGCCAAUGCCAACGAAGCAAGGGCAUUCUGUGAGCUAAGCUCAACAGAUAGCCCCAUGUCAGCGGCAAGAUACUUAAGCCAUUCUGUUCCUCUAGUAUCUGUGACAGAUGGUGUGCAAGGUUCAUAUAUCGGAGUAAAAGGGGAAGCGAUCUACAUUCCUCCACCGCCUUGUGUACCAGUAGAUACCUGUGGGGCUGGUGAUGCAUAUGCUUCAGGGAUUCUGUACGGCAUCCUCCGGGGCUCGUCAGAUUUGAAGGGCAUUGGCCUGCUAGCUUCGCGAGUAGCGGCUGUUGUCGUUGGGCAGCAAGGCACACGCCUACGGGUUCAGGACGCCGACAAAUUGGCUGAAUCAUUCGCCCAUCACCUAGAUAACCUGGAGUUUUGUUCAGAUAUUGAAACAGAUCAUGUUUCAAACUUCUGAUCGUUUUAGGUGAAACUGUCCUAGGACUCCACUUGUAUAUAGCAUCUGUUUCCUUUAGGCCUAGCUAGCUAAUUGUUCAGCACAGCUGAGCUACCCAGCUUGUCAGUCCUUAAGACCUUUGUUACCUUUCUUAAAUUUGGCUCCGGAAAUCAAAGUAUGUUACAUA